AUGUCAAGUCGCUGGCCCAGAACCGGCUGCGCCGGCUGUCUGGAAUCGAGCCGAGGUGGCGUCGGCCGCCAUGCCUUGAAUGUUCCAGGUUCUGUCUGUCGAGCCGCAAUACCCCGAGCACGGAGCACUGGAAGCCAGCAGCCACUGCGGCGCCAAACAGCCGGCGCCAGAUGCGGCUCCCUGGGAUCGUUCCAGGGGCCGGCCUUCUGGAACCGUCGCCACACGGGGCCCUCCACCGCCCGCCGCGGGGACUGCCUGCGCGCGCGCUGGGUCCGUUGGCGCGGUCGUGACAUCGAAAAAUGGGAUUGCAUCAUUGACAUCCCGCCCAUCUCUGUGACAAAUCCUGAUAGCCUAUCCAAUUAUCGCGCCCCGCAGCCUUCCUCUCCACGUCGCACCGGCCGUCCUGCAUCGUAUAUAUCAUCGCGCAUCUGCCCCCUCUUUCGCGCAUCGCCGCCGCCUCAACUCUCGACUCGACCCCUCAUGUUCCGAGUCUUCAGACACUUCUUCUCCACGACACCGUCACCACAGCGACAAGCAGCCAUGGCUACCGCAUCCGACAAGGCGCAGAAGCUCAUCAACGAGAACGCCGUCAGUACGUGUGCUCCGUCCUCCCUUCUAGACCCUCAGCGGAAGACAGCUACUGCCCGUACUGCCGCAACACCAAGCAGACCCUCUCGAGCCUCGACGCCGACUUCACAGCCAUCGAGCUUGACAACGAAUGUGCGUCGUGCCCACACCUUGAUUGCUUGCCUGGGCAGCGCAUCCCAAACCAGUACGCGACUGCAUGCUAACAGUUCCCGCAGCCGAUGGCAGCGACCUGCAGGACGCCCUCGAGCAAAUCACCGGCCAGCGCACCGUCCCCAACGUCUUCAUCGACCACAAGCACAUCGGAGGCAACUCGGACGUUCAGGCCCUGGCCAAGUCCGGCGAGCUUAA